AUGGCCAGUGGAUCAAAUUCAAUCAGUUCAGAGACCUUGGGUAAAGAAUCAGAGAUUUUCGACAGGCUGUUCGAGCUCGACAGGGAAGAUGUUGGCUGGAUCAAAAGGCACAUUGGCGACCAUAUAGCAGCCUGCAAAGCCUAUCUCAGCGAAAGGCCGCCUCGGUGGCGGGAAGCUCUGCGCGAAGCUGAAGAGGCCUCCAUCAUCGCAUUUGCCGAGGGCAUGGGCAACAUCGAGUCCAAGAUCAACUUCUACAUAGCCCACUGCUACAGGGGCAUGGGUAUGUGGCAACAAGCCCACAAGUUUUACAUGGCGAGCACUGUCGAUAGUCAGGAUAUAUAUUGGCUGCAGGGGCUGCAGGCGUUCAGCAGGCAGAAGCUGGAGGGACAGCGGAAUCCCGAGCUCAGGCGGAAAAUGUCUCCUGAUUUUACCACUCGCACGACAUCACAGGCCACAUACUUCGAGUACAAAGGGAGAUUUAGUUCGAUGCAGCUUUACAAAAGCGGCUGCUCAAAGAAAAUUCCCACGUGGUUAGGCAGGGUAGUCAGUCCAAUGCGAGUAUAA